AUGCGGACUUUUAUUCUCGCGACCUCGCUGUUCACAGCUCUCGCAGCUGCACAGACGAUGUCCAUGACAGCUCUCCUUGCGACGAAUCCCGAUCUUAGCGAGUUUGGCGGCCUCCUUCGCAACGUGUCCAGCUUCGCAGGAUCUCUCAAUGGCCGAUACAACAUCACCAUAGUCAUCCCGACCAACGAGGCCUUCGAGGCUCUAUCUGCAGGACCAGACAGCUUCGAGCGUCGCGCUGUUUCUGGGCGCGGCGACGAUGAGCUAGAGAAGCUGCUGUCUUACCACGUUCUCAAUGGGACGUACACUUCGGCCGACUUUACGAGUGAGCCAAAGUAUGCUAGCACAUUGUCGUACACUCAACGCGGAGCCACAAAUCUUGUUGCAGCAAACUUUACUGGACCACGUGCCGGACUGGUAAAGAAUGGGACGAGUGCUGCCACGGUCCUCAGUUCGGAGGGACGGUCGAGCGAGGUCGUUGAAGCGGACAUCCAGACCAUCCCAGGCAUCGUCGUCCACAAGAUCAACAGGGUCCUUACGCUCCCGUCAAACUCGACUGGUGGUGACGCUACCCCCACUGGAAGCGCGACUGGGGCAGCUCAAGCGACUGGCGGUGCUGGCAGGCUCGGAGGAGGCAUGGCUGCGAUUGGUCUGGGUUUCGCACUGGCAUUGUAG